UCUAAUUAUUUACAUGUCAAGCUAAAAAUACUCACACCCAAAGAAACCAACCCACUCCCCGUUUGCUCACGCAUAGCUCCCACAUUGCACUUGCACGGCUCUUGCCUCAACAUUCCGCAGAAAUCAGCAUCAUGGGGGAAGAAGUUAUAAGACUCCUGGAUAGCUCAGGCAACACUGUGUUGGAUUCUGUUUUGGCAGAAUAUGAAGAUUCAUUCAGCUUGGAGACAUUUGGAGACCUUGCCAAGCUACAUGAUGAAUUGGAACCGAAAGGUGGCAAAUCUUUCAUUAUUGCAAGAGUGCAGACUUGGGACAUCAAACAGCCGGGCAAGGCUUUUUAUUCGUAUUAUAGUGCUUUUCAACUCAACAAAAUCCUAUUCCAGACACAAGUUUACCUAGGCAAAAAGCUGAUACAUCGAUUGCACGUUUUAAACCCCUUGACCAAUACCGAUAUCAUCGGAGAUGUGCAAUAUUUUAUGCUACGAAUUCGAAAGGACAACGAACCGGGGCAAAUAAAUCCGAAACCCCAAGAGAAGGAAAAGGAUAAAAAAAAGGAGGAGGAUUUAGCUUCUAUCGUGGCAACAGCUGCUGUAGAGGAGAAUAAGGAUGUUGAAGGAGGGACUAUGCAAACAAUCAGCGAAUCAGGGGUGACCAGACGCACUAGACGCUCAUCUCCUGCUCGCAACAAGCGGCUGAUCCCAAGCAUUGUAACUAGCUGGCCCCCCGCUUCGCCCACCGGAUCUCCAGGUGUCCUUCCUCCCCCUAGUCCCAGCGUUCGAGAUGUGGAAGCGGGAAAAUUGAUUUCCUGGACGAUGGUUGCCCCGUCAGUGACCGAAAUCACAGAAGAAGAGGCAACAGGACCGGGGCCACAACCCCGAAAGUUCAGCCUGAUGACUAUGGGUCUGAAAAGCCCAUAUCCAUCGCCAAAAAAGGGCGUGCCAUUGGGUCCACGUAGCGCGUAUCCAGCACUUGGUGGUUCGGAGCCACAAGAGUUUAUUAUCACCAUACCUCCCUCUCCUACCAAAUCCCCCAUGGGUUCAAAAUCGUUCGACUUUGGUGCCCGUCAAAUGACCCCAGUAGACGACCAGCGGGGAACAUCACUUGAUAUACGUGUCGUGACCAAACCUCCUCCAGGGAUAAUGCAGAUGCACGGGCACCGUCGCAAUAACCGAAUGCAGGUUGCUGUCGGGAGUGUGACGAGGUUUGCCAGGCCAAUUUCUCCCGAAGAUUUGCGACAAGUGUCACCUACCCCGAAAGGGCGAAGACGAGCGUACUCUUAUGUAAAUUCUGCGGCGGCUGCUGCUGGUGACGGGUUGAGUCCAACAUUUGAGGAGUGGUUGCAGAUGGUUCGGCAGGAUCAGGAGCGGGAGGAUAGGGUCACCGAAGAUGGUGAUCCUUAUGAUACUGUUUCUUUUAUUGGCGCCUCACCCACCAAGCAAACCUCCGAAAAGGAUAAGAAGAUGUCAGCGGUCAACCCGGCUCGCGAUUCAACAACCCAGCUUUUGGCUGAUCAUGUUCCACACCAAUCCUCUGCUACAUUGGGCAGCCAUCCGCCAUUAAAGAACCAUGCUCCAGUUACGUUCUACGACGCCAUACUUUUUGCCACAGAUACGGAUUACCUUGAAUCAUCGCGCAUCCGAGCAAUCUUUCGCCAGAAUGCGGUGACAUCAGAAGAUGUCAAACUCUUUGAAAUGCCAGAAUAUACUGGUUUGGACACUCCCCCGCCGGUUGUCAUCAUCGACGACUCGCCGCUUUGCGAAUGGUGUUAUCCUAGCGCGGCCACCCUUCAGCAAUAUAGUCGUCCUAUGCGAGUCUUUCAUCGAGUCAAAUGCUGGGUAUUGUUACUCCUGGUGGUCAUUGCAGGCUUCCUCUUCAUCUUUUUCAUGAUGAGGAAUCAGAACUACAAUCCCCCCGCCUCUAUUCGUGGCAAUACCAAGAAUUCGAGUUGAUUUGCUACUGAUGCCUGCAUACCCUCCACGUAUUUCAAAUAGUUUUUCGUGAAAAAAACGAGUUUUCAUAAACUACAGGCGGUAGAACAAGGUUUAAAGCUAAAUUUUCAGAUUAUCCAUCUAGUCAAAAACUGUACAGAAAAUAAAUACAAGAUCUUUACCAUUAUCUAAACCUUAACAUGACCUCAUCAAAUAUCUACACUACAUUGCCCUUAAACUUUGCCAUUCUGAGCGAUACAUUUCAAUAUAGUAGUUCGUUCACAAGCG